GAAGUCGCCCUCACGAGCUGGAUGGAGAUCAGAACCGUUUACACGAAGUUGAGGCAGCGAAGCCAGCAGAAUUGGAGACUCCAGGAGGCAGAGCGGAGUUGGAAGGCGAAUGGAGAGGCUGGGAAGCUGGUGAAAGUCGAGGAUAAUCCAGGAGAGCAGCACGGUACUUUGUGGAGGCUAUAUGGAGAGUGUGAUGUGGAACCGGGCCCAUCGAUCUGGUCUUCUAUCAUUAGAUACGUGGCGCCUGCGACCUCGAGGCGGCGAGUCGCUGCGCCUUAGAAAGGAAGCACGUUGCUUC